CUUCGGCAGAAUUAUCUGUCGUGGUGAAUCGUGUAAUCUCUAUCAAGAGAUUAUAAAAUUAUUGUUCUUCAGUUUUAAUUAAGGCAACUGAAUUUUUAAUUCUUCCUAGCCGGAUCCAAACCUUACACGUGCAAGGAGUCUUCGUACUCCUUCAACCUUUGUAAGAAGCUACCAAGCUUCUAUUUAUGUCUAUGUAUUCAGUGAUUAUGAACAAUAUAAAAAUGACUCUAAAUCCGAAAGACGUGAUUAUUAGUAUCGACAGACCUAAAAUACUGUUGUUAAAGAAACAUAUAGACUACUUGGCUAAAUAUGGAACAGAUCAAGACGAUUAUGAGUACAAUAUGACUGAGUACCUUCGGAUGUCGGGCAUCUACUGGAGCUUGACGGCGAUGGAGCUAAUGGGAGCCUCUGAUAGGAUGCCAAAGGAUGACAUAAUAAGCUUCAUCUCAACAUGCCAGAACAAGGAGUCGGGUGGCAUCUCAGCAUGCUUCCCACAUGACCCACACAUUCUCUACACUCUGAGUGCUAUACAGGUCUUGACCAUGUACAACAGGCUGGAUGCCAUUGAUGUUGAGGGUGUGGUCAAGUUUGUGGCGUCGCUACAACAACCUGACGGGAGCUUCUAUGGUGAUAUCUGGGGCGAGCAAGAUACGAGGUUCACAUUCUGUGCAGUGAUGUGCCUCUCACUCCUGCAUCGACUGGAUGCCAUCAAUGUUGACAAGGCGGUUGAAUUUGUGCUCAGCUGCAUGAACUUUGACGGAGGGUUUGGAUCCAAACCUGGAUCUGAGAGUCAUGCUGGGCUCAUUUACUGCUGUGUUGGCACUCUCUCCAUCUGCAAGAGGCUGGACGCACUCAAAGUGGAUGCUUUGGCUUGGUGGCUUUGUGAACGUCAACUGCCCAGCGGUGGCCUGAAUGGCAGGCCUGAAAAACUACCCGACUUGUGCUAUUCAUGGUGGGUAAUAUCAUCCCUAAAAAUCUUGAACAAGAUGCGCUGGGUAGACAAAGAGCGACUGGAGCAGUUCAUAAUGGCCUGCCAGGACCCAGACACGGGCGGUUUCAGCGACCGACCAGGAGACAUUACAGACCCGUUCCACACACUCUUCGGUGUAGCCGGUCUCUCAUUACUCGGCAAUAAUAAGAUCAAACCAGUCAACCCCGUUUACUGUAUGCCACAAGAAACCAUUGAUAGGCUGAAAUUGAAACCACAAAUGCUAUAAAUAAUUUCCAGUAUGUUCGUCUGAAUGUGUGUAUCGUAGUCUAAGCGUGAGUAGGUAAUGGUGUAACUUUUUUUUUAAUUUUUAAUAAGCUGUACGAAAGUCGUAAGGGGAACUACCUCCGUUAUUUAAUUACUUUAGGAAAAAUGCUAUUUGAAAAUGUGUCCUAUUAUAGUGACGAAUUUAUUCGAUGGUCCAUUGACCUCAGAACUGACGUUAUGACUAAAGAGAGAAGAUGUAGUUCUCCUUGCCUCUGCGCUCUAUUGUUAAGUAGCAUCAUUUUUUAUUAUAAAGUGAAUGUACGCUAUCAAGUUUUAUAUUUAUAAUAUUUAAGUAGCUAUUCAAUAAUAAAGAAGUAUACAAUGUGAUAAUAUAUAGCAUAAUCUGUGGUUUUUCUUCCUUUGAAUA